GUGCAAAUCAAAACAAAUCCUGUUCAAGAGCGGUGAAAAUAUAAAAAUAAUUAAAAGAUAAACAUUUAUUCUUAUUGCGUAACACGCCUAAAGUGGACAAGUCUAUCGGUGAAUUAUAAGUUUAAGUCAUUUUGUGUAAUAUGAAUAACAUACUGUGUAAACUUUCGCAUAUAAGUGCUACAUCAGGAUUAAUAAGGACCUUUUCUGUAUCCACUACCAAUAAUGCUAAUUUCUCAUGUAGGCUACUGGUGGUUGGCGGAGGUUCAGGAGGAUGCUCAAUGGCAGCUAAGUUUGCCAGGAAGCUGAAGAAAGAUUCUGUUAUUAUCUUGGAACCAAGUUCUGAUCACUACUACCAGCCUCUGUUCACCCUGGUGGGUGCGGGCGUGACGUCACUGUCGACCACGCGGCGCCAGGCGCGCGCUGUGCUGCCGUCGGCUGCCAACUGGCUGCAGGAUUCUGCCCUCAGCAUAGACCCCGCGAACGGGGUGCUCACCACUGUGAAGGGGGACACUAUUCGUUACGAGUAUCUGGUUGUAGCUGUUGGAUUGGUCAACGAUUAUGGAAAGGUCCCCGGUUUAACAGAAGCGUUGAAUGACAAGAACAGUGGCGUGUCGACAAUCUUCUCGUCGGAGUACUGCGAGAAGACGUGGGCGGACAUAAAGGGCUUCAAAGGCGGCGACGCGGUGUUCACUUUCCCCGACACGCCCAUCAAGUGUCCUGGUGCGCCGCAGAAGAUCGCUUACAUGGCGGACGCGUAUUUUAAUAAGUCGAACGUCCGAUCAAAGUCGAACAUCACAUAUAACACGUGCCUGCCCGUCAUAUUCGGCGUGAAGAAAUACGCAGAUGUGCUCCUCAAAGUGGCGGAACGCAAGAAAAUCGCCCUCAACUACAAGACUGUGCUAAAGGAAGUUCACAGUGACAAGAAGGAAGCUGUGUUCGUUACAGCUUGUGAGGGAAAUGAUAAGACAACAACCCAACGUUACGACAUGUUACACGUGACGCCGCCAAUGAAAACUCCAGAGUUCCUGCAGAACAGCAAAGAGCUGGUGGACGCGACCGGCUUCCUCACAGUGGACAAAUACACCCUGCAGCACACCAAGUACCCGAACAUAUACGGCAUUGGAGACUGCACUAAUACGCCUAAUAGCAAGACUGCAGCUGCCAUAGCCAAACAAGGCUACGUGUUAGAGCACAACCUCCUCAGUACGAUGAGGAGGAACAACCCUCACGAGAAGUACGACGGCUACGGCGCGUGCCCGCUCGUGACGUCAUACAACACGUGCGUGCUCGCGGAGUUCGUGUACGACGGCGUGCCAAGGGAAACGAGUUACCGAUGUUUUAGAUGUAAGUUGCUGGUAGUGGGCGGCGGCGCGGGCGGUUGCAGCAUUGCGUGGCGGUUUUCAAAGAGAUACAAUAAGGACGACAUUAUCCUAAUUGAGCCAAACAAAGAUCAUUAUUACCAGCCACUGUUCACGCUAGUGGGGGCGGGUGCGAAGGAGUAUUCCCAAAGUCACAAGCCAAUGAAGUCCAUACUGCCCAGAAAUGUCCUUUGGCUGCGGGACAAAGUGGAUGACUUCGAUCCUUGCAACAAUUCAGUAUACACGGCGUGUGGACACAAAUUACGAUACGAUUAUAUGGUGGUAGCUGUUGGAUUGAAGAAUGAUUACGAUCAGAUUCUCGGUUUGAAAGACUCUCUAAGAAACCCCACCGCUCCAGUAUCCACAGUGUAUUCGCCGGAGUAUUGCCAGAAGUGUUGGUGCUGUGUGCAGAACUUCAAAGGUGGGCUGGCGAUAUUCACGUUCCCAAAAAAAGCAGCGAAAUGCUCGGGAGCUGCACAGAAGAUUAUGCAUCUAGCUCAUGAUUAUUGGAAAAAGAAAAAUCUCCACGAUUCCACUAACAUAACAUAUAACACAGCAGGAGAUAUGCUAUUCGGUGUGCCAAAGUACGCGACGCCUCUGACCAAAGUAGCCUGGGAUAAAGAUAUCGCACUGAACUACAAACUCGAGUUAAUUGAGAUUACUCCGAAAAGAGCCAUAUUCCUCGAUUGUAACGAACAGACGGUAACCCUCCCGUACAAUUUCCUGCACGUAACUCCGCCCAUGUCGCCGCCCGUCUGCCUCACUAAAUGCGAAGAGCUCACCAACCAGGAAGGGUUUCUAGACGUGGACAGGCACACCUUGCAACAGAGGCGAUACUGCAACAUAUACGGCGUGGGAGACUGUACCAGUUCGCCUAACAGCAAAACCGCGGCAGCUGUGGCCAAACAAAGCUAUGUAGUGGAACAGAAUCUGUGGCGCACUAUGUACGGCAAAGAGCCGAUUGCCAAAUACGACGGCUACAGCGCCUGCCCCAUACUCACGUCCUACAAGAGAGGGAUACUUGCGGAGUUCGUAUACGAUAGGAUACCGUGCGAGACAUUCGCUUUUGACCAGAGCAAAGAGCGACGUUUGGUUGGACAUCUAAACAAGUACAUAUUUCCCCACUUAUAUUGGAAGAGACUCAUAAAGGGCAAGUGGAACGGACCCACCACGCUCCGGAAGAUAACCAACCCAUUUAAGACUUAAAACACGUAAAACAUCGAAAAUAUUUUAUUAUAUACAUCAACUUUGGAUAUUAGCUAGUAAUAUACCUUAAAACUAAUAGUAACUUAUGUAAAGUAAUAACUUCUUUCAACUUACGUACGAAUGUGUAUUUAUCGACUGUUUUGUAAUAGUGCCAAAACUCUUUGUUAAUCUAAAUAUAGGGUGUA